UGUGCCUAAACUGCGGCAGUAUGGCCGUUCUAUCUGUCUCCUGCGAAUGAAUGAAAAGUUCUCGAUGAUCGAAAUACAGUCGCCACCCUUGCCACCCGCAUGGAGUUGAUGGACUUGGACGAAUGGAAACUGGCACAAGCACGAUGUCAUUCUUCCUGUGUGCGUUAUUACCUAUGGGUUUGGUUCAGUACGUACCAGCUAUUUUCUCCCACAACAGCUCACACUGGCAUCAAGUUCUGCCUAAUACGAUACCAUCCCAUAACGCCGCAAGACCUUUUGCUGGUCUCCAAUCGCGUCGUUUUCGAAUUGCGUCGAAGUGUAGCGGUGCGCACUCCAUUUCAAGACUUGCCAAUUUACAACACGAGGUAACUUGUUACAAGGAAAUUACUCCUUGAAUCAGGGCAGUCCAGAUUACGCCGGCCAGGCGUGCCAUGGGCAUGGAGCAUAUGAUAUAAAAACCGUAUAUUCGUUCAAUCCAACUCUCGUUACACUGCAUCACAGACAAGGACGUGAGCGCAACAUGAAUUCAUCCACAUCGACACUACAAAGCCCAUCGUUCUCACAGCCAGGGCAGGCCCCUG